AUGCCCCCUUCCAGAAACGCUUCCCACGAGGAAGAUAAGAGUUCUUCAAUGAGUGAACAAGAACGAAAACGACUGCGCAACCGUCUAUCACAGCAGGCUUUCCGUCGCCGACAAGCGGAGCGCAUGAGAGAGCUAAGUAGCAGGGUAAACACCGACCAGAAGUCUGACAAUGAGCGCAUCGAGGAGCUUCAGCGCGAGAACAGGCAGUUGCGGGCGCAACUUGUCGAUGUUCAAGCCAGGAUGUCGCGACUGCUUGCCAACAUUCAGGGUUUGAGCGACUCUGUCUCAAAGACUUUGAAUGAUACGGGAUCUCAAGACAAAAAAGGUUUUGAGGAGACAGAAGAUUGUUCAUUGCAGCUCUCAACAUACGACAACAAGCAGACUUAUGGAGAACCCGGUUUCCCAGGGCCAUCUAUGCAGCUGGAACCCUUCGACACAUCAUCACUGAACUUUGACCCGCCGCUUGCGCAUCAUCCUGCAACUGACGGUUCUCCAGGUCAAUCUGAGGAUGCAUUUCUAUCAUCGGAGCUUAUCAAUGUUACCGGAACCAGCCCCCUCUAUACGCAGAUUCCAAACAUUUGGAGCUUUGAGUACCAAACUGGGAUAGAGCCGUACUUGACUGCGUUGGCUGCAUCUCAGGAGUCAAGCAUGGCACUGAGAAAGGACAUGCCCAUAUCAAAUUCGCCGUUCUCGGACCACAUCAAGCUUCUCCAGCAUCUUCUGAAAAGCAAAUUGGCGGCAAAUGGCUUCAAUCCGGACAGCCAACCGUCGAUGCAAAGCAUAUAUCAACCAGUUCUUAUGGUAUUGUCCAUGUUUAACAGCAUGACGCGACCGGAUGUCAUGGCAUGGUACGCCAAAACGCGCUUUUUCCACAUCAUCGAGCUUACGGCCUGGCAACUUUACCCCUCGCCCGCAACAUUCCAAAAGUUACACCAGCGGUAUCGGCCAACCGACACGCAACUAAAGCAUCCGCACCCGCGCGUGAUAGAUUGGAUACCCUUCCCCUCGAUCCGGGACCGAUUGAUCGAGCUCCAUGCCGCCAAUCCCCUUAUCGACCAGAUCUUCUGCGACGCCGUCUCGGGAUACGUUGUAGAAGCGGUCAUGUCCGAGUUGAUAAGCGACGCGCCUCAAAUUACAGUCUACGUCCGGGUGACGGACCUUAUCGCAGCCAUGUCAUCCGGGGCCGGCAACAACGAUACCCCCGCCAGUCUCCCAGCCCCGGAUAUCACCACUCUCUUCUCGUCUCCGUCCCAUGCUCGCGCGGCGUUCAAGCAGUUGAACAUGGACAAAGGCGCGUCGUACUACAAGAUUGAUCCGGCCUUUUACGCGAAAUAUCCAGAACUCUAUGACCAGUCAAACGGCCUCACAGCAAACGGCGUACCGCUCAAGCCAAGAUCGCAAAAGGUUCUUACGUACCCGAAACCCCUCGACGACUCCAUGGUUGAGACCUACCGGAGUUUCAUAGACUUCUCCAUGGAUGCCACCAGCACCAUUUCCUCAACGACGGCCCCGACCAUGACAUCCGUAGUUUCGGGAAAGUCUGAUAACGGUCUUUUUUUUCAUAAUAUGCCUUCACAAUUCCCGGCUCCUACAGCGACUCCUCGCUACAGCUUCUUGGACGAUUACAGCGAAGGAGCUCACCCGGCAUUGCUCAAAGCUAUUCUCGCCGGUAACACUUCUCAAGAAGCCGGCUACGGAGGCGACUCAUACUGCGACCUUGCCAGGCAACGGAUACGUCGGCACUUGGGUCGCGAUGAUGUUGGAAUCUUCUUCGUACCCAGCGGGACAUCAGCCAAUGCCAUCUCCAUCGCGGCAUGUCUGAGACCCCACGAAGCUGCCAUUGCUGCGAGCUCGGGACAUAUAGUCACCAGAGAGACUGGUGCAGUGGAAGCCAGCGGGCACAAGAUCAUUAAUGUCGCGCCUGUCAAUGGCAAGUUGACGCCUCAGAGCAUCCAGAGGGCGGUGGAUGAGAAUUGGCACUUCCCUCACAUGGCAAAGCCAAGACUAGUUUACAUAUCCAAUGCGACGGAGAUUGGGACGAUAUACAAGAGAGACGAACUUGCUGCAAUCAAGCAAGUCUGUGAACAAAACCAGCUUAUACUCUUCCUCGACGGCGCACGCAUCGGCACAGCAGUAGCGUCAAAAUCAAACGACAUGAUGCUUCAAGACAUCCUGGAGCUGACAGAUAUCUUCUGGAUCGGAGGCACAAAGAACGGAGCGUUGCUCGGAGAAGCCGUGGUUGUCAAGGACGCUCGUCUCGCGACCGAGUUCGAGUUCUACGUCAAGCAGCAUGGUUCACUGCUCGCCAAGAGCAGAAUCAUGGGCGCGCAGUUCGCCGAACUGUUCAGAGAGGACCUCUACUUUGACCUCGCGCGGUUGGCUAAUUACUGCGCCGAGACAUUGUCGAGCGGUAUUGCAGCAGCCGGGUUCUCUGUUCACGCGGUGACGGAGACGAACCAGGUGUUUGCGGUACUGCCCAUGAGCUUGAUCAAAGUCUUGCAAGAGCACUUCAUCUUUUACGUGUGGGAAAAGCGAGGGGAUGAUGAGGCUGUGGUGAGGUUGCUCACAACAUGGGCGACGGAAGCGACAGAGGUCGAAAAGUUUGUCGGUUUAGUUCAGGGCUGGUCCGCUGGAGCUGCCGAAAGUCGAAUUUAA